CACUCAACUUCACCUCAAUCCUUUCUGACAUCCUCGAAAGGCUGGUAGAAAGCGUCUUUCAAUAUGUGGCCUAUCCAUCAAGCUCACAGUUUGCAGAUGUUGCUGAGGCGUUGAUUCUGAAGUAUCCUUGCCUUAAAGAAGCAGGAUCAUACAACGGAUGUUAUGGAUGGCAACAGCGUCUGAAAUACAAGAUGGGGAACUAUAGGUCCAAACUCAGAGGGCUUGGAUGCCCUGAACUUGAUGUCAACUCUCUCAGAAAGAAGAGACCACAUGACAAAGCGCCUGCAAAGAACAUUAAAAAGCCGAAAAAGUCAGAAGUUAACUAUUUACCCCCUAUUCCACAAGGAGAAACAGAGGAAAGUUUGGAAGGUGAAAGACUGGAGCUCCUCAAUGAAGUGAGGAAGAAGAACAACUCGCAGAUCAUCGGUGACAAAAUGGGAAAGACAUUUUCGAUUCGCAGGCAGGAGGUUGUGAAUCAGGAACCAUCCGUCAGUGACCUCAAAGGAAGAUGGCCUGCUCUUUUCACCGCAGCUCAGAUUAACCAGGAAUUCAAACGCAUCACGACUGUGAGCCUGGAGACAACAUUUAUAGCAAAGCUGGACCACUUCUCCUCAAAAAUUAUCUCUUUGCUGUCCUCAAGGGGAGGGGCUUCAAAAAUGAAGAUUCAGCACUUACAGAACAUCCUCCUAAAGGACAAUUCUGUGGAGGCAAGGAGGGAAGUUGCCAUCCGUGGCUUAAUGGUGUACCUUAGGGAAAAGGAGGAGGAGCUCUUUAAAGAGGAGGAUGGUGAUGGGGAUAUCACAGGCGAAGUGAUGAAGAUCGUUCCAACAGGUGGCAUACCUGCAACCCAUGCAAAGAUUGUCCUGGAGGGAACCGAGGUCCUAAUGGAUGACAUGGAUAUUCCCAGAGCCUGUGCCUUGCUAAUGGGGCUAAUAUAUGCACUCAACCUCAGCUACCCAAAAGAACUGAAAAGCACUUUCCAAGUCUUUCAAAAGAUCUUUCUUGAGCUGGAUGACCUCAAAGCAAGCCCCAAGGUAAUGAUGCUUAAAAAUAAGCUGUUGUGCUGAAAAGGAAAGAGGCAUCUAAGAUGUCCUCUUAUUAAAAAAAGAAAUGUUGCCAUGUUGUUUGGAAUGUGUUGAUUACUGCGUGCUGUUUAAUAUUGUAUUGUGUAUUUAAUGUUGAGGGUUUAGACAUUUGGGUUGUCCUCAAAGUAAGAGGAAAUGUUGCGUUAUUUGCAAUGUGUUGUUUAAAUACUGUAUAGUAUCUGUACUGUUCAGAGACUGUUUUAGAGUCUAAACUCUAAACUAUACAAUAGUUCAGAGUCUCAAAUUAAGAGGAAGUAUUGCAUUAUUUGCAGUGUGUUGUUUACAGUACGUGUAGUGUUGAAAGUUUAGACAUUUAUGCUCUCCUCAAAUUAAGAGGAAAUGUUGCAUUAUUUGUAAUGUGUAUAGGCCUUGUGCAUGUAGGUGUACUGUUGAGUUUACACCUAGUUCAAAGCAAUGUAGGCUAUAACUUAAAAUGUCACACCGCGAAAAUGUUCACAUCUAAGUGAGAUGCUGACUGUUUGAAUAAACAGAUCAUAAAAGUGGAAUUUCAAUGUGUGAUAUUUUCUGACUUAGAUAAAUAAGUUCUUGUACAAAAAAAAUUGUGCUGGCUCAACAUAAAAAAAAUGAGGUAAGAAUUUCCAUGGACAUUUCUGAGUAGAAUGAAAGGAAAAUAAAUAAGUUAGAUUAACUAAAAGGAGUAAUUUUAAAACAAUUAAAAUUAAGUUGGUUUAACUUAAAUAAACUUGUAGAGGAAUAGGCAAAUCAUGUUCAUUGAACUAAAGUAACUGAGUUGGCUUAACUAGAAAAGUCUUGUGGCAUGUACUUAAUACUAGCUAAGUUGAAAUAACUUAA